AUGGAUAUCAUGGCCUCUCUACCCAGCGUUGCGGCAAUCGUCAACGGGGCCGACCUGGAUCCAAGCAACAUACCCCAGGUCGAGAGCCUCUUCGCUCAGUUUGUCAGUCUGUCUCCCGCCGGAAAGGACGACCAGCGCGGAUCCUUCGUGGACAGAGUGUUCCCGCUCUUCGGCGACCAUGCCGUGAUAGACGGCUCCAGUGCAUACGAAGCCCAGCGGCAAGUCCCAUGGACGUCUAUCAAGCCGCCGAGAGAGCUCACGAACGUAAUCCAACCGAUUUCCUCAAUGGGCAUCAAGCAGAGCAAGAGACUCGGCGGAAACCCAUUAGGGCUGGAGGAGGUUGACCAGCAGUGGUUUCUGGUGGUGGCCGAUUGGAAUGACCCUGCAGACGGAGACCGGGUGCGCCAAGCGAUGCGUCGCAUAGUAGACGCCGCUGAGGCGACUGCAAAAGCCAAUGGGACGUAUCUUCCCUACCAGUAUUGCAAUUAUGCCGCGCGGGAUCAGGAUCCAUUGGCUAGUUAUGGGGCGGAGAAUGUGGCGAGGCUGAAGGCUGUUGCUUCCAAGUAUGAUCCUGAUGGCGUCUUUCAGACGUUGCAGAGUGGGGGAUGGUUGCUUUCUAGGUGCUCUAUGGAAUAA